GGAGGAGAGAGGAGAGGCCAGGGGGAGGAGUAGGCAGUGAUUGAUUCACCCACUGUGAGAGCUGGUCUUCUAUUUAAUGGGGAGGUCUCCCUGCACAAGAGGAGUCAGCUUUGACUCUGGGACCAGCCAGAGCAUGGCAGAGGACCAGGAACUGGGCUUUGGGGAGACAGCCAGCUUGGAAAUGCUGCCGGAGGAUGACAGCUGCAGGCCAAAGGCCAGAGCCGGGCUGGCAGCCAGGGCCAGCAGCUCAGGCUGCUUUCUCACCUGUUGCCUGGUGUCACUCCCCAUCCUGGCAGGACUCACCGCCUACCUGCUUGUUGGCCAGCUCAGAACCCAAGGAGAACCCUGUAUGUUCCAGACUCCAAAAGGACAGGAAUUUGGACCUUCCCCUCAGCGAGCUUACGCACCUCCCAGAGCUAGUGGAGAAAAGCCAAGAGCACACCUGACAGUUGUGAGACAAACGCCCACACAGUCCUUGAAUAGUCAGUUCCCAGCUCUGGAUUGGGAACAUGAACUUGGCUUGGCCUUCACCAAGAACCGGAUGAACUACACCAAUAAAUUUCUGGUGAUCCCAGAGUCUGGAGACUACUUUGUUUACUCCCAGAUCACAUUCCGAAGUAUUACAUCCAAAUGUAGUGAAAUCAGCAAAGGGAGCCGCGCGAACAAGCCAGACAUCAUCAUUGUGGUCAUCACCAAGGUAACGGAGAACUACCCCAAACCCACUCAGCUCCUAAUGGGAACCAAGACAGUGUGUGAAAUAGGUAGCAACUGGUACCAACCCAUUUAUCUAGGAGCCAUGUUCUCCUUACAAGAGGGGGACAAGCUGAUGGUGAACGUCAAUAACAUCUCUUUGGUGGACUACACAAAAGAAGAUAAAACUUUCUUUGGAGCCUUCUUGCUGUAGGGGCAAGGCAGAUGUCACUGUGUAAAGGUCCUCUCCUCCUAAUUCCCAAUUUUCAUCAUUUGUAUGUGAUUAUAACCAGGGGCUUUCUUGAAGCUUUCCAGAGACAAUGAUUUAGCUAUGAAAUGUAGGGCCCAAAAGCCCACACUUUAUAUGCCUUACUGAUGAGAAUACAAAUUGGAAAAAAGAGAGAGAAAAGCAGACAUAUUACCAUGCUUGCCUGGAAGAUUGAUGAAUUUCUGAACAUUAGAACACUCAUUACCAAAUGAAUGGAUGAUUUACUCAGAACAUCUCUACACCUUCCUACAACACAGCUGUCACCAAUGGGUUCAGUUUGAAUAUGAAGCAUUCACUUCAGUUUAGGAGCCUUGAAUAAAAUUCAAAGCCCUAGAAAACAGUGUAAACCUUUCAGAGGAGAAAUCCUUAAUCAAUUUCCCCAAAU